UUCCUUCUCUUGUCUCUGUGCUGUCCCAGAUCCAAUGGAGAAGACAGGCAGGCAGCACCUGCUGGAAGCCCUGAAGGAGUUGGGGGCCCGGGAGCUGAAGGAGUUAAGGGCCAAGAUCAGUCAGGUCUGGCUGAAGAGGGGGCUGGAGGGCUGGGGGCUGCUGAGCGGAGCAAAGCCCUUCCACCCCUCUCUAUGGCUGACGGUGGAUGCUGGGCUGAAGGUGACAGUGGAGGGGCUGAGAGCUGUGAACCAGGGUGAUCUGGCAGAGGAAUUGGCUGCACUGCUGGACACUUACGAGGAGCAGCGCCGGGAGCAACGAUCAGCCGCCUCCAGAGCCAGAGGUCGCCUGAUCUGCACCUUGAAUGAGCUGGGGGAGGACGAGCUUGGGAGGUUCAAGGUCAAGCUGGCCGACAUGGGGCAGAAAGGGGGUUACAACCCCAUCCCCUGGGGCCGGCUGGGGAGAGCGAAGCCUGCAGAGGUCGCCGCGGAGCUGAUCAACCACUAUGGGGUGCGCUGUGGCUUGGAGACGGCUGGGGAAGUGCUCAGGGCCAUCAGACGGGGGGAGCUGGCAGGGGGACUGGCCGAGGCUCUGGAGACUUAUGAGGAGCGAUGCAGGGAGCAGAGACUGGCCCUCUGCAGAGUGAGAGAGAUGCAGGCACGAACGGUGGGCAGCUUGGGCGAGGAGGAUCUCAGGAGGAUCUGGGAGAGUGCGACCGAGACCCAUCCACAGGGAGGCCCUACGGUUAACCCCUGGGAAGGGCAGGAGAGAGCAGAGGUCAUGGAGGUGAUUGAGGAUCUGGUCAGCACCUACGGAGAAGGCCAUGCUGUGUGGAUGACCCAGGAAAUGCUGAGAGCCGUGAGCCAGGGACCCCUGGCUGAGCGACUGGCUGAGGCCACUGGGAUCGCAGGAGAUGGACCCAGCAGGGAGGACCUCACCACGGACCCCUCGGGGAAGCAGGAGAAAUGCACAUGGUGUGUGACAGAGGAGGACCUGCCAGAAGUGACGCCAGAGCUUGUGCUAGAGUCUGAGGGGAAGCCCAGAUCCUACAGGGUUCACCUCCCAGGGCCAGGCUCCUUCCGCUGCUCUGAAACCGAACUGGGGUUUGAGGUGAGGGCAGCCGUGACCGUCCAGUACGGAUACGGCUCCUGGGAUCAGCAUCUGAGCGCAGCUGAGAAGCUGCAAUGGAUGGUGGCCGGCCCUUUGUUCAACAUCUGGGUGGAACCGGCCGGGGCUGUGGCAGCCGUUCACCUCCCGCAUUUCCUGUGCCUCGCAGGUACAGCGAACAAGAGCAGUAAAGAUGCUGUUCUGCCCCAGAUGCGAAUCGCUCACUUCGUUGACGGGAGGAUGACUCUGGAGGAGCCAACACAGGUGAGGCCGUUCCAUGCCGUGCUGGAGAACCCCAGUUUCUCCUUCAUCGGGGUGCUCUGGAAACCCAUCUAUGCCAUGUUUCCGUUCAUACCCAUCCACUCAGUGGUGCUGAUCUACCGGGUAGUCAAGGCUGCAGCCAUCACCCUCCACCUCUACCUGAUCCCCAACGACCGCUCGCUCAUACAGGCAGUGGAAGAAGAGGAGAAAAAGCACCAGUCCAUACAGGUGCUCAAGCCCCCUCAGACGAAGCCCCUCUACUUUGGCUCUUGUUACACUGUGUCCAGUUCGCUGGACUUGGAGGUAAACCCCGAGGAAGUGGACUUUCGCUACAUGAGUCCAGAGGACCGGCAGCCAUUCAUGGAAAUCUACACCAAGGACAUGAAGGAGGGACUCAAACUCAUUGUACUGAUGAAACGCUAUGGGGAAGUUGUCUGGAAGGUCUUGGUAAGACCAGAGGACGUGAUGCUUUCGGGUUCAUCCUCUGAAAAGUUCAAGGGGCUUCGGAAACUGCUCCCUGAACUGAAACAAGGGUUUACUGGACUAUGCAGCCAGAGAGAGCACAGAAUGUCACCCUCAGCUGCCUGGAACUCACCGGUAUGGCCUGUGGACAAGGAAGCAGAGGGAGAGCCAAGCAGCAGUGCUACACUCAGGACAGUGACUAACAAGCACGGUGACUGGCCAGCAAAGGUGUCAAGCGGGGGCUCCUGGGAAGUGAUCCAGCGGCUGAGAAGCGAGUUAACAACAAUCCUCCAGAGCGAUGCAGAGGCCGUGGUCAGCGCUGCCGAUGCCCACCUCCUCCUCACACAGGGAGAGUACCUCGCCCUGAACCGGCUGGAGGAUCCGGAGAUCAGGGUCGCCACAUUAAUUGAUACGGUGCUGGCCAAGGGGGACCAGGCCCAUCAGCUCUUCCUGGACUGUCUGAGAAACCUGUUCUUCACCUUUCCUGCCCUGGAGCCUAUCAUCACGGGGUUACAAACAGGCUUCCAAUCAGAUGUGGCUAUCCCCAGGCCUGGACCACAGACAGGAAGCCCAGUCAGUGCUGAAGGGGAACAUUUUGUGGACCGGCACCGAGCAGAGCUGAUUCAACGGGUCUGUGUGGUGGAUGGGGUCCUGGACAUGCUGUGUGGCACUGUGCUGGAUAAUGAGCAGUACCAGAGCAUCCGAGCCGAGAGAAGCAACAUGGAGAAGAUGCGGUAGCUGUACGAGCUCAUGCCGAGCUGGAACCGGGUCUGCAAGGACCGGCUCUACCAGGUGCUGAAGGCCAAGCACAAGUUCCUCAUUGAAGAGCUUGAAGGGAAAUGAAGGCAAUAAAUUGUCCCUCCUCCUGGAGCGACUGUGCCUAGAGUCCAUUCCAUGGCACUCAGGAGUCCAGCUCUGGUUCUUCUCGCUCUUCACCCAGGAUCCAUUGUGGUGAGGCUCUGGAAUCUGGUUCUGGUCCUUCAACCUGUCAAUCAGUGCUUGUCUGGUCUUUGUCCACCCCACUAUGCACAUCCUCUAUCAUCGUCAUAGCUGCAUCUCCAACAGGGGGGCUCCAUCCAUGCCCCAUCCCCUGGCGUCUCCUCAGGCUGAACUUGGGUGGAGAGUCCAUCAAAGACCCCAGUUCCCUGCUCACCUUCUGAAAGCAACAGCGCUGCAGCACCAUCUCCAU